AUGGAUAAUGGAAAAAUAAUUAACUUUUAAGAUUUCGAUGAGAUUGAAUGUGAUUAAGAAUAUAUGGCUUUAACUUUUAGCAACAACAAUAAAAAGCUCAAGAAUUAUGAAAAAGCUUUAGAAAAAUUCAAAUCUUCCAUUUAACAAGGCUUUAUCUAUAUCAAUAGUAAUUUGGAUUUUUUCAAUCUAAACUCAUCACAUGAUGGCAUCCUGAUUGAUGAGUAAAAUAAUAAGAUAUAAGUUAUUGAUGAACCUAUCAUUGGAACUUAACUAGUGCUUAAAAAAGAUAAAACUCAAUUAUUGAAUGAUAGAAAGAGACACUUAAUCAAUAUCGAUCCUCAUUCCUAUAAAAUAGAUGUUAAGACAGAAGAGAAGGAUUAAGAUAAAAAUGGUCUAUUGAAUAAAAUUGAUUAAAUGAUUAAAGAAGAAAAGGUUAAGGCAAAGAAAAAAAAUUUAUAAAAAAAAUAGUGA